AUGAAGAGUAAAGAGUAUAGAGAAGGGGUGAAGUCUUUUAUUGAAUUUGCGGUGGCAAAUUUAGGCUCAGCAAAUGAUAUUUGGUGUCCUUGUGUCGAGUGCAUGAAUGACAAAAAACAAAGCAUUCAAGUUGUCAAGAUUUAUUUGAUGUUGAAAGGAAUCUCGCCUUCUUACAAGACUUGGGUGCAACAUGGAGAAUCUGUUCACGUGCAUCAAUCUUGUGUUUCAAAUGAUGCUAACUGUUACAAUGGUGGAGGUGUUGAGGAUAGAAUGGCUGGGGAUGGCACCGAUGAUAGGGACGAAUUGUCUAAUAUGCUAGAAACUGUUUACAUGGGCACUUUCAUGAAUGACAAUAUUGACGAAUUGCCUAAUAACUUGGGGAGGGAGGAUGCACGGAAUUUUGAUAAGUUGUUUGAUGAUGCUCAACGACCCGUUUAUCCUGGUUGCAAAACUUUUACAUUAUUAUCAUUCAUUAUUAAGAUGCUUCAUAUUAAGGUGUACAACCAGUGGAGCAACUCCUCUUAUGACAUGAACAUGAAUGUAUACAAGGAAAUUCUACCGGAGUGUGAUAAGUCUGCUCCAUGGAUCCUUUAUGAAGUCAAGAAAUUUUUACGAGAUUUGGGUUUGGAAUAUGUGCUAAUUCAUGCAUGCAAAUAUCAUUGUGCUCUUUUUUGGAAGGAGAAUGCGAACCUGAAGAAAUGCCCUAUAUGUGAUGAGCCUAGAUAUAAGCUGAAUGAUGGUAAUGGUAAAAAGAUCCUUCAUAAAAUUUUAUGGUACUUUUCCCCGACACUAAGAUUGAAGCGCUUAUUUUUGUCCUCGAAAAUAGCUGUAGAUAUGAGAUGGCACAAGGAGAAGCGAGUGGAUGACGAAACAUCAAGACAUCCGGCUGAUGGGAAGGAAUGGAAGAACUUUGAUCGGCAACAUCUUGAGUUUUCCAAGGAUCCACGGAAUGUGAGGUUAGGGCUAGCCACUGAUGGUUUCAAUCCUUUUGAAAAUAUGAGCACAUCGUACAGUAUGUGGCCUGUUAUUGUGAUGCCUUAUAAUCUUCCACCUUGGAAGUGCAUGAAAGAGCAAUUUUGUAUGCUGUCAUUGCUUAUUCUCAGAAAAACGGCUCCCGGUAAAGAAAUAGAUGUUUACUUGAGGCCAUUAAUUGAUGAGUUGAAAGAGCUUUGGAAGGAUGGCGUGCAAACUUAUGAUGCCUCUAGUGGAAGUACAUUUAGAAUGCGUGCUGCUCUCAUGUGGACCAUCAAUGACUUUCUUGCAUAUGGUAACAUGUCUGGAUGGCCAACAAAAGGUUAUUUGGCUUGUCCCAUUUGUGACAAAGAUGCUUCAUCAGAACGUUUGAGGAGUAAGAUUGGCUAUAUAGGUGCGAGGCGUUUCUUGCCUGAGAACCACAUAUGGCAAAAGAGUAAGCUCUUUAAUGGUAAAAGUGAGGACAGGUCAAGGCCACGAGAGUUCACGGAAGAAGAGAUCUUGGAGCAAAUUAAUUCAGGGACAUACAGGCCGUUGGGCAAGCAUCCAAGCAUUAAUAAGAAAAGAAAAAGGGGCAAAGAUGAUGACACGAUUUGGGCCAAGAAAAGUAUUUUGUUUGAUCUCCCUUAUUGGAAAACACUCAAGCUGCGUCACAAUUUGGAUGUCAUGCACAUAGAAAAGAACAUUGCAGAAAAUAUUGUUGGGACAUUAUUGGGCGUAGAUGGGAAAUGUAAGGAUACAGAAAAAGUACGCAUGGAUUUGGCAGAUAUGGAUAUACAAAAGGAGUUACACCUAAAAAGGCGGACGAACGGAUCUUAUGAGAAGCCUCCAGCAUUGUACAUAUUGUCCCCGCAAGAGAGACAAGGGUUUUGUGAUUUUUUAAAAUUGAAUAUGUUUCCAGAUGGCUAUGCGGCACACAUCUCUAGCUGUUUAGGCAAUUUGUUUGAGCAAUUGUGCUCCAAGGCAUUAAAAAUAGCUGAUUUGAAAAACUUAGAGGACCAAAUUGUUCUUAUUCUUUGCAAGCUUGAAAAGAUUUUCUCUCCUGCCUUCUUGGAUAUCAUGGUUCAUCUAGCUAUUCACUUGCCUCGUGAGGCUAUUCUUGGAGGGCCAGUGCAAUAUCAAUGGAUGUAUCCAAUUGAAAGGUUACUUGGAGUUCUAAAAGAAUUUGUUGCCAACCGAGCUCACCCAGAAGGUUCUAUCGCUGAGGCUUAUAUUUCUAAAGAGAGUACAACAUUUUGCUCAAUGUACCUCGAUGGAAUCAAAACAGUGUUUAACAGAGAAGAAAGGAAUGAUGACGGUGGUGAUCGUGGCACGGGGUUAGCAGUCUUCACUCAAAGUGCCCGACCAUUUGGGUUAAUCCGAAGGGGACCUGAUGUGCCGGUCAAUGAACUCAAGAUGGCUGAAUGUUGUUUUAGCCUUAUAUGUUACUUAUACAUUAUGGAAUGUCGAAGAGGGAACACAAGAACUACAUACAAGCAAGUAUUCUAUAUUAAUGACACUGCAGAGAGACAUGGCAAUUGGAAAGUUGUCCAAAGAUUCAAGCAUCGAGGUAUAUGGGAUGUGCCACCGAUGAGUGAUUUAGAACCCAAUGAUAUUGAAGAAACCAUUGUUCUCAAUCAUGCGUUCCAACAAGAUGAAACCAAUGACAUUGAACCAAUUUCCAUUGAAGAGCCAACCACAAUGGAUUUGCACAGAUAUGAUAUUGAUGCUGAAAUUAUUCAAGAGGAGGUCAUUUUGCAGUGCUGUGGGCGAGAUCAAGCUGGGGGGAGUAUCGAUGAAGUAAUGGAGGAGCCUAGCGAUGAAGAAGAAGAGAUUGAUAGUGACAGUGAUACAUAUCUAGAUUUAGAGCCAUGUUAUAUUUCUCUAAUGAUCUAUCUAUAG